ACCGCUAGCUAGCUUCGGGUAUCGGGGACCGGGAGUGGGCUGGCGGAGGAGGGAGUGAGGAGUUGGGGCUGAGAGGAGGGGGUAGAGCCCUCGACCGUCGAAUAAGGGGACGCGCGAUGGGGCAGAGGCCCACUGGCGAGGGAGCGGCGCAGAUGAGAGAUGGGGGUAGAGCCCGGCUGACGGGAGACAGACUGCGGUUAAGUCGGGAGGGAGAAGGCAGCACUGACUUGCUAGGGUGUGGGAAAGGAUCAGGUUGUAAUUUGGGAAGGUUGAGGUGCAGUCCAAGGAAGACGACUCAAGAAAGUGGUGGAUCGGCUCAGGCCCCGGCCUAGGCUGUUGGAUGGCCGUUGUCGGAUGCCGACCGAACAGAGGGAGGAGAAGCAGCUUGAGGCAUCAUUAGAUGCACUGCUGAGUCAAGUGGCUGAUCUGAAGAAUUCGCUGGGGAGUUUCAUUUACAAGUUGGAGAAUGAAUAUGACCGGCUGACCUGGCCAUCUGUCCUGGACAGCUUUGCCUUGCUCUCUGGACAGUUGAACACUCUGAACAAGGUCUUGAAGCAUGAAAAGACACCACUGUUCCGUAACCAGGUCAUCAUCCCUCUGGUGUUGUCCCCAGACCGAGAUGAAGAUCUCAUGAGGCAGACUGAAGGACGGGUACCUGUUUUUAGCCAUGAGGUGGUCCCUGACCAUCUGAGAACCAAGCCUGACCCUGAGGUAGAAGAGCAAGAGAAGCAGCUGACAACGGAUGCUGCCCGCAUUGGUGCUGAUGCAGCUCAGAAGCAGAUCCAGAGCUUGAAUAAAAUGUGCUCAAACCUUCUGGAGAAAAUCAGCAAAGAGGAACGAGAAGCGGAGAGUGGAGGUCUCCGGCCGAACAAGCAGACCUUUAACCCAGCAGACACCAAUGCGUUAGUGGCAGCUGUUGCCUUUGGGAAGGGGCUGUCUAAUUGGAGGCCUUCAGGCAGCAGUGGUCCUGGCCAGCCGGGCCAGCCAGGAGCUGGGACAAUCCUCGCAGGAGCCUCAGGACUACAGCAGGUGCAGAUGGCAGGAGCUCCGAGUCAGCAGCAGCCAAUGCUCAGUGGGGUGCAGAUGGCCCAAGCAGGUCAACCAGGGAAAAUGCCAAGUGGAAUAAAAACCAACAUCAAGUCGGCUUCCAUGCAUCCCUACCAGCGGUGAGUGUGGCCGACAACCUCCACUCCCAGGUGCUCUUUGCAGAGUUGGGCAGUGAAGCUGCCUUUUGCCCAAAGCUGACCUAGAUGGGUAUAAUAAAAAGAAUACGGGCUUUCAGCCACAGACAGAUCCCAUCUCCACUGCCGACUAGCUGUGUGACUUUGGGCAAGUGACCUAAUUUUUCUGAGCCGGUUUUCUUGUUUAUAAAUGGUGAUAAUACCUACCUCAUAGGGUUGUUGUGAGGAUUAAAAUGGGAAAAUGAAUGUAAAACACUUGGCACAGUCUAUGAAAUAAUGAGUAUUCAAUAAAUGAGAGUUUCU